AUGCUGUGGCAGCGGCUGGCAGUGGUGGAGUGGGCGGCCCUGGCCUGGGAGCUCCUGGGCGCGUCCGUGCUGCUCAUCGCCGUGCGCUGGCUGGUCCGGCGGCUGGAGAAGCGGCCGCGGGACGUGAACCGUUGCGGGACACUCUCUUCUCCGCCCGGCGCGUCUGAAGCGGUGGCCGCUCAGCCAGGUGAGGUGACAAUGGAUGCCAUGUUGGCUCGACUGAAACUCUUGAAUCCAGAUGACCUUAGAAAAGAAGUUAUGAAAGCUGGAUUGAAAUGUGGACCCAUUACAUCAACAACAAGAUUUAUUUUUGAGAAGAAAUUAGCGCAGGCCUUACUAGAACAAGGUGGAUUGCUGACUUCCUCUCUUCCCAAGCACAGCGAGGUGACUCCCAUGGCAUUUAUUCAGGGCACCUCAAGGACUCCUGCAUCUGUGGACGGGAAAGAAACUCAGCAGGCCUGUUUUUCUGAAGACAAAGAUUUUGGUUACAGUGUGGGCUUGAACCCUCCAGAAGAGGAAGCAGUAACAUCCAGUGCCCACCAGAUACCCUUCAGUGCCUCUACCAGGAAUGACAACCACAAGGCUGGAGUGACAGCUACUAAGGAGCCACUGCUGUACUAUGGAGUGUGUCCAGUAUAUGAGGAUGGCCUUGUGAGACACGAUAGGAUCCAUGUUUACGAAGAUAAAAAGGAAGCUUUACAAGCUGUCAAAUUGAUCAAAGGGUCCCGGUUUAAAGCUUUUCCAACAAGAGAAGAUGCUGAGAAAUUUGCUAGAGGGAUAUGUGAUUACUUACCUUCUCCCAGCAAAACCAUGUCCUUACUGUCUCCUGUGAAGGCAGUGCCCCUCUGUGGCAGUGAGGGGUUGAAAGCAGAUGGCUUGUGCCUGUCUGAAUCAGAAACAGUAAACAAAGAACGAGCAAACAGUUAUAAAAGCCCUCGUACACAGGACCUUACUGCCCAGCUGCGGAAAGCUGUUGAAAAGGGCGAAGAACGCACUUUUUCUGAUCUGAUCUGGAGUAAUCCUCGCUAUCUAAUUGGUUCUGGGGACAACCCAACCAUUGUACAAGAAGGAUGUAGGUACAAUGUCAUGCAUGUGGCUGCCAAAGAGAAUCAGGCUUCUGUGUGCCAGCUGACGUUAGAGACCCUGGAGAACCCUGAAUUUAUGCGUCUGAUGUACCCAGAUGAUAACAUGGACAUGCUUCAGAAGCGAAUCCUCUACAUUGUCGACCUGUAUCUUAAUACUCCUGAUAAAGUGGGCUUUGAUACACCAUUGCAUUUUGCUUGCAAAUUUGGAAAUGUGGAUGUAGUCAAUGUGCUUUCUUCGCACCCUUUGAUUGUGAAAAACUCAAAGAAUAAAUAUGGUAAAACACCUGAAGAGGUAAUUUGUGAAAGAAGCAAAAACAAAUCUGUAGAACUGAAAGAAAGGAUUAGAGAAUACUUAAUGGGUCACUACUAUGUGCCACUUCUGAGAGCAGAAGACACUUCUCCUGUCAUUGGGGAGCUGUGGUCCUCAGACCAGAAAGCUGAAGCCUCUAAUGCUGACCACUGCAGAAGUAGCCCCAGAGAUCCUGUGAUGACACUGAGAGCGUUUGUGGGGCCUCUGAGUCCAUCCAAAGCAGAAGAUUUUCGAAAGCUCUGGAAAACUCCACCUCGAAAGAAAGCAGGCUUCUUCCACAGCAUCAGAAAGUCUGACCCAGAACGAGGCAUUGAGAGAGUUGGAAGGGAGCUAGCUCAUGAGCUGGGGUAUCCCUGGGUUGAAUACUGGGAAUUUCUGGGAUGUUUUGUUGAUCUGUCUUCCCAGGAAGGCUUGCAAAGACUAGAAGAAUACCUUAUCCAGAAGGAGUUAAGCAAAAAAGCUCAACAAGAAAUAGAUGAAAAUGAAGGCUGCCUUCCAGAAAGAACCUCAGAGUUUGGCAGUGGAAAGAAGUACAGCAAUUCCAUCUCCGUGGGAGCAUUUCUAGAUGGGGAUGAUGGCAUUAGCUUGGAAGAAAUUAAAAAUCAGCAAAAUACAGUUCCAAGUCAGAGCCAGCCCACAGUUGAUAAAUUCCAAAACUCUAAAAGUGAUUCCCUUCCCUUGGGACAGAAGGUGGACCCUGGAGAAGCCUCAGUUGGAUCUUACCCAGAUAACAGCAGAAAUGGGUUUUGUCAUCCUCUGAACAACAGGACUGCAGAUGGAAGGGGACUAGAGGCCACCAAUGGAGAGGAGACCCUUCCACCACCUGUUUCCAUUUUGACUCGAGAGUUCAAUAAACUGAAUUUGCAAAGUCUAGGAGAUAGCCUUCUUGAGACACCAAAUAAAAAUAGGAAACUAGACGAUAAGAUACUGGCUUCAAGAAAGGAUGUAGUAGAAAGUGACUUGCUGGGAUCUCCUCCUGCAAUAGCAAGACUUGAAAAUAAGCAAGUCAGAACCAACAGUGAGGUAUCAGAGGCAAUGGCUGAAAUGUCUUUGGGCCCCAAGAGCCCCCAACUUGGGGUUCAGGCUGGUCUGGAACCUGAGUUCUCAUCUGCCACAGAUCCCACCAAGAGGCUCUUCCUGUCUGGAGAAGAACCAUCAAAACUAGAUCGAGAUGUCUUAGCAGCUCUUGAGUGUGUGAAUAUUGACCCUGGUCUGUACCCAGCAGUCCACAGAUGGAAAAGUACCGUCAUGUGCUACUCACCCUCAGACAGACAGAGUUGGCCAAGUCCUGCACUCAGAGGGAAGUUCACAACUGAGCUGGUGGAUCUUGAUUGCUCUCAUAGCUGCUCAGGAAGAUGCAGUCCAGCUGGUAGCAGCCCCAAUAAGCCUGGCCACACCACCUCCUCCUCUCGCCUGCACAGCCCUGGACGCUACAGUCCAGCACAUGGAAGACACUUCCAAAGAGUGGCACGCAUGGCCCGACUUGCAGCAUUGUAGAGCCAGCCAGUAUGCUCACUCCUGGGAUUCAUUUACUUCUUUGUUUUUGAAAGAGUAAUGUUUUUUGGUAAAAAUUCCAUGGAAGAAUGUAUUCUGAAUAACUUAAUCCUCACUUUGAGGGUACCAGAAUUCUAGAAAAUAUAGUGUUCUGAGUAUAAUUUGAAUGUCUGAUAUUUUGGAAGAAGUUAAUGAAAGCAAACUCAGAUACAAAUUGUUGGAAUGUGUAGCUGUAGUAAUGACUUUUCAGGUAGAAACUUCUAGUUUUGUAAUGGAGCAAAGAUGCAAAGGCAGUUAAUAGACAAGCGAGUGUGUUAGCAGCAACUCUGCAGCACGUGCAAGCACACCCACUCUUUCUGAAACAAGUGAA